CGGCGGCGGCGGCGGCCGGGGCUCGGCUGUCGGGGGAAGCUGCUGAGCUGUGAUGGUGAUGACGAGGUGAAAAUGGCGGAUCUUUCGAAAUACAAUCCCGGCCCCUGACAUACCAGAGGCGGCGGCGGCGGCGACAUCGCCACCCCGGCUCCCGCCAGGGUCCCCGGGUACCCCACAGUGCUCCAUUUCGGGCAAACUGGGAAAGGAAGCAGCUGGACAGAGCUACCGUGCACAGGCAAAACAGGCACUUCCCCGGGCUCGAAAUUGCCCGGGACCUUCCUGAGCCCGCUCCUCGGAGCCGAGGGUGGAGAAAGCGGCAGCCUCUGGAGCACCUGGGCAUCUUUCUAGAAGCAGAGCAAUCAUGGAGGUGGUGCCGGCCGAGGUGAAUGGUUUGCUUCCAGAGGACAUAAUGGACACUGCUAUAACGUUAGUGGAUGAGGAUAGUAUUGAGGCUGUAAUUGUGUCAUCCCCAAUUCCUAUGGAGACAGAGCUGGAAGAAAUUGUCAACAUAAAUUCUACUGGUGACUCAACAGCCACGCCCAUUUCCACGGAACCAAUCACAGUGUACAGUAACCACACUAACCAAGUUGCAGUGAAUACCACAGUUACUAAAGCAGAUUCUAAUUCCACAGUGAAACCAGCAUUUCCAAGUGGCCUUCAAAAACUUGGUGCUCAGACUCCUGUGACUAUAUCAGCCAAUCAGAUCAUUUUAAACAAAGUAUCACAGACAUCUGAUCUUAAACUUGGCAAUCAGACCCUUAAACCAGAUGGACAGAAGUUAAUUUUAACAACUUUGGGCAAGUCUGGUUCUCCAAUUGUUUUAGCACUACCCCAUAGCCAACUACCCCAGGCUCAGAAAGUUACAGCUCAGGCCCAGCCAGGAGAUGCUAAGUUACCACCGCAGCAAAUUAAAGUAGUUACCAUUGGAGGGAGGCCAGAGGUGAAACCUGUCAUUGGUGUCUCAGCACUGACCCCAGGAAGUCAACUGAUUAAUACUACAACUCAGCCCUCUGUGUUACAGACCCAACAGUUAAAAACAGUACAGAUUGCUAAGAAGCCUCGAACACCAACCUCGGGUCCAGUGAUCACGAAGCUGAUCUUUGCAAAACCAAUUAAUAGUAAAGCAGCUACGGGACAGACAGCUCAAGUGUCGUCACCAGUCAUUACAGGUAGGGUUCUUUCACAGUCUACUCCUGGAACUCCAUCAAAGACUAUAACAAUAUCAGAAAGUGGUGUUAUUGGAUCAUCUUUAAAUUCUACAACACAGACACCAAAUAAGAUAGCCAUCUCACCUUUGAAGUCGCCAAAUAAGACAGUGAAAUCAGCUGUGCAGACCAUCAAUGUUGGAGGAAUGAGCACAUCACAGUUUAAGGCCAUUAUUCCUCUGGCAACUGCUCCCAAUGUCCAGCAGAUUCAAGUGCCCGGAAGCAAGUUUCAUUAUGUCCGACUUGUUACUGCCACAACGGCCAGUAGCUCAGCCCAGCCAGUCAGUCAGACUCCCAGUGUAAACACUCAGCCUCUUCAGCAAGCAAAACCAGUAGUUGUUAACACCACCCCGGUACGGAUGUCAGUUCCAUUUGUCCCAACACAGGCCGUUAAACAAGUUGUUCCAAAACCUAUCAAUUCAACUUCCCAACUCGUAACUACGAGCCAGCCACAGCAACGGCUUAUCAUGCCUGCCACACCACUGCCUCAGAUCCAGCCCAACCUCACUAACCUGCCGCCAGGUACUGUGCUGGCACCAGCUCCAGGAACAGGCAACGUGGGCUACGCAGUGCUUCCGGCGCAGUAUGUCACUCAGUUACAGCAGUCUUCGUAUGUGUCUAUAGCAAGCAACUCUAAUUUUACUGGAACGUCCGGCAUCCAGACACAGGCAAGGCUUCCAUUCAAUGGCAUAAUUCCAUCAGAGUCUGCGAGUCGGCCCAGAAAACCCUGUAACUGUACAAAAUCACUGUGUUUGAAAUUAUACUGUGAUUGCUUUGCAAAUGGUGAAUUUUGCAACAACUGCAAUUGUACUAACUGUUACAACAAUCUGGAACAUGAAAAUGAAAGACAAAAAGCAAUAAAGGCAUGCCUUGAUAGAAAUCCAGAAGCCUUCAAGCCGAAGAUAGGAAAAGGAAAAGAGGGGGAGUCAGAUCGACGGCACAGCAAAGGGUGCAAUUGCAAACGGUCAGGAUGUCUUAAAAACUACUGUGAGUGCUAUGAGGCAAAAAUAAUGUGUUCCUCCAUAUGCAAAUGCAUUGGCUGCAAGAAUUUUGAAGAAAGCCCAGAACGGAAGACAUUGAUGCACUUGGCAGAUGCAGCUGAAGUCAGGGUCCAGCAGCAGACAGCAGCAAAGACCAAGUUGUCCUCUCAGAUCUCAGACUUGCUUACCAGGCCAGCCCCAGCUCUGAACAGUGGAGGAGGAAAAUUGCCAUUUACCUUUGUAACUAAAGAAGUAGCUGAAGCCACGUGUAAUUGCCUUCUUGCCCAGGCAGAGCAGGCAGACAAGAAGGGGAAAUCAAAGGCGGCGGCAGAGCGCAUGAUUCUUGAGGAAUUUGGACGGUGUUUGAUGAGCGUCAUCAACUCUGCAGGAAAAGCAAAAAGUGACCCUUGUGCCAUGCACUGCUAACUCUUGUACAAAAGACUGGCGUGGAACUGUGCAGAGGAUUUAAGGUGCCAGGACACUUGAUUUUUUAGAGGAUAGUCUAACAAUUACUGUAUUUUAAUUCAUCCCUUGUUUUAAGAGACCUGAAACUAUAAUAUUGAAAGAGAAGAAAUUUUAAAUGAAGAAAUUAGUACAUUUUAAAUCUUAGUUAAUUCUGCCUAUGUCCCUUCUAAAUUUUUUCUUUAAAAAUUUUUCCUUUAUUGUAUUAUAUAUUUUUUAAUUUGCUUGGGUUUCUUAAGAAUUAGAUGUUCUGUCCUUCUGAUUCUCUUGACAAAGAACAUUCAUAAAUUAUUGUAAUAUCGUUUAUAAAGUAUGGUGUUGUAUGACUUUGUUCUGUAGAAGAAGCUAAAGCACCAUGGGUGUUACCCAUUCUUUGGCUCCAGAUCCAGAAUAUUCACAGGUAGAAUGUCCAUAUAACCAGAUUCUUAAUGAAACAUAUUCAAAUAACAUUUUGUUUAGAAAAACACCAUCCUUCUAAAGAAAAAGCAGCUUUUUAAGGUGGAUUCUAGAAUACUAUCUGUUGUCUCUUUGGGAAGAUCAGAAGGGGAAACAAUCCCUGUCACACCUUUCAGAUAUGAACGUAUUUUCUUUAAAGAAAACAAAAUAUUAAGGGACAGUAAUUUUCAGAGGAUGGGCAGUGUGUCUUUAUGAUGAGGAAUGGCUAACAUGUUCUGGGGUGUCUUCAUUUUCUUUGAAGGAGGUGGUAUGUUUUGCAAUAAUUGUCAAAGUGAUUAUGGAUAAUUACUAAAAUAAGAUUGUGUAAACUGAAGUAAGCAUUUUAUGUCAUGAUAAUAUAGAACUCAAGUAUCAAGUACAAAAUUUGGCUUGGAUGGAGAAGCAAGGAUACAAAGUUGUGAGAUUAUGUAUGAUGACGUUUUUAUGCACACAGUUCUUUGUAGACCUUUUGAACUAAGUUUGAAUCAAUGUGUGACUCUUACCUGAUUUACUAAAAUGGACCUCCUAGCAGCUUCCACAAUUGUAGUGAGCUUUUUAUAAAGAAAGUUUAAUACAACAUUGUUUUUUAGCCAGUGAUUUGGUAAGCUGACAUAUAUGUGUUCUCAUACUUGCAAAAAAAAAAAAUCUAAAUCAUCUUCAAUAAUUAAAAACUAUGAACUUGAGAGCCUAUUUGUUGUAAUAGGACUCUUGAGUUUAUGACAAGGGGGAAAUAUGUUGGAAUUGGGGCAUUUUGUAAGGUACCUUAAUUCUUGAUAAUUAUUAGCAUACGAUUAUUACCUUUCCUACAAGGACUCUGUAGUUGUAUGUAGUUAAGUAUGUAUAUAUGUUCAUAUGAACAUGAAAGAUAUAGGCAAUAGAAAUUAACCCCAAAAGGAUUCCGUUAUUCAUUAAAGUACCCUCCUUUUAAAAUGUGGACUUAUGAAAUUAUAGUGCAGUAACUUUAAAUGUAGAUAAUGCAGGCAUUCUUAGCACCUCAGUCUAGCGUGUCUAAGUAAGCUUUGUAUAAAUGUAAAUUAGUCUACAAGGAUAAAAUAAUAUCUAAUCAAGUUAUUUUUCAAAAGACUGCAAUAAGUUUUUGGUCUAAACCUAAACUUUGUUCAUUUUGUAUAUAUUAUGUGUUCAUUCUCAUUGCACCAUUGUGAUGUGUAUUUAUAUACAGUGUCCACAAAAUGUUUGUGAAUUUUUGAUUAUAAUUGUAGAUUAUGUAUGAUGGCAUUGCUUAAGAAUGUUUUGCUUGUAAAAAUUUGAAGGUGCAAUCAAAUGCUACUAGUUUUGAUUUUUAAGAAGCUUUCUAAAGUAUCAGUCCCUUUCUUCCUGUGUGGUUCUCACUAAACAACUUUUUGUAUUAGGCAUUUGCAUCAAAUUGCUGAACAAAGUUAAUAGCCACAGUAAUUCAUCAAUUUCAAAAGAUUAUUUGGGGAGGGUUCGGUAUAUAAUUUUUAAGCCCUAUUUACGUCCCAAAGUAGAAAGAUUAUAUUUACUAGAGCUAUUCAAAAAGUACACUUUUCUAUAUUGUAAAAUCAGGGCAGAAGAAUAAAUCAUACAGAAAAUAAACAUUUAUACUAUUCUGUGAAAAAAAAGUUUUGCAUUUUUUCUUUAGUUUAAUAAUACCAGUUUUAACCAUUCACAUGCAGGAAGCCUUUUAAUUUACCUGAUUUUCAAGUACAUUUGACAUUUCUUCUGAAAAAAACUUCAAAAGAUAACUUUGGACAAUUCAUUAAUAUGAAUUGCAUUGAAAUAAGAAUAUGUCUGUACUUUUCCACUGCUGAGGCAGAAAUACUGUCUCCUUUCUUUUAGAUGCAUUAUGCUCUUGUGACCACCUCUUAGCUCUUGUGGCCUGGAGAGGAAAAAGCAGCCUGUAGGUCUUAUCUAUGAGAUGGGAGCUCGGUGUGGUAGGACCGAAGUGAACAGCGCUGGCUGAGGAAGUGGGAUGAACCGCCUUAGCCCCGUCAUCUGAUACUCCAUAACUGACAUUUUGCUCUUAUGUAAAAUGUGAAUAAAAAUAGCUUCAGAAA